AUGCGUGGAAUGCCGCAGACGCAAAACCAAGUGCGUCGGAACGCAGCCUUGAGCCAGAAGGUGGCAACGAACGCUACCCCUGGUGGGGACUAUGAGGCUAUUGUCAAGCUUCUCUUUCCGAAUACCUCUGUACAGACACUCAAAAGUCUUUCCCGGGCGAACUUAUUAGAGCAAGCUCGGCUGGAAGGUGACUUCACUCCAGGCACAAGCAAUUAUAGCUCCUCAGUCACAUCGCCUGACGUUGCAAUUGCACACAAGCCGAGAUCCGUGCCGGACUCGGAUGCCAAUGAUCGACUCUACAAAUUACAGUAUCAAGACUCGGCAAUUUUUGAAUGGGAUGAGAAUUCGCCAGGAGUUUGCACGUCUGUGGAAGACGAUGUGAAUGCACUUUCUCUAUCAAAAGAUCCCAAGUCUUCAUUUGUCGGAAUUUCAUCUGUCGCUGCAGCUGUCAGGGCUUUAACAAAAAUUCUCCCAUCCCGGAUAGAGAAUCCACCUGGGUCAGAAAGAGCAAAAUCUGAAAUAUUCGAAGAUCUGCGAACGACAACAAUAACGACCUCUAACCUCGGGCCAAUAUGUUCAUACCGUGAGGAACAACGAUUGAUUGACGCUUAUUUUGCGAAAAUUCACGUUUUUGCUCCUGUCAUACACGAGCCCAGUUUUCGCAGCAGGUAUCUGAAUCAUCAAGGAACUACUGAUCGAUCAUGGCUUGCGCUUUUGAAUAUAGUCCUCGCACUCGGAAGCAUAACCUCCUCGGCAGGAGACUCCGAAGAGGAUUUGCAGUACUUCCAUUUGGCUCAACAGUAUCUGUCGCUGGAAAGCUUUGGUAGUGGUCGGUUAGAAACUCUACAAGCACUUCUGCUCAUGGGAGGCCAGUACCUGCAUUUCAGGAAUCGUCCAAAUAUGGCUUCUGCAAUUAUCGGGGCUUGCUACCGGAUUGCAAGUGGUCUUGGGCUACACCUACAAUCCCCUGACGAUAUGCAGGGAAAGGUUUGUCCCCAAGAAGAGCUAAAGCGCCGCAACUGGUGGACUAUUUAUGUCCUCGAUACCUGGGGUUCUGUGACGUUGGGUAGACCUUCAACUACACAUGGGAUUGCGGUAGAUUUACCAAAUAACCUUCUCGAUGACAAGCGCGGUAUUCUUCCUAUGUCGGAGCCCACGAUAAACUCUCCUCUCAUUCAUAACAUCGAGCUGUGCAAGAUCAUGAACCAGAUCCAGGAUCGCCUAAUAGUGAAUUCAGUUAUGGCAGAUGAUGAGCUUCGACACUAUGAUGAGAUGUUGCUAUCAUGGUUUGAAAACCUGCCGCCAUUCCUACACUCAGCCAAUAUCUGUCCACCCGACCUUCAGGAUGCCCGAGUGGUUCUCAAGUGGAGGUAUCACAAUAUCCGAUUUCUAUUACACAGGCCAAUCCUCCUCGACACAGUCAUCAGAAGUAUUCCAAUGGAUCAUCUUGCUCUCAACGAGCGGAUAGCUGUCUCCAAAUGCCGGGAAGUCGCCAUGGAGACCAUUUUUAGCAUUCAGGCGGAAUGGCGACCCAACAAAAUCUGUUGCUGGAAUGCUGUCUGGUUCCUAUUUCAAGCGUGUCUUAUCCCAUUAAUGGCAAUUGCGGUGGAAUCGGAAGACCAUGCAGACUAUCAAAAUUGGUGCAAUCAAGUUCAAACUGGGAUAGAUGCUUGCGAGGAGAUGUCACAAUUCAGCCCAGUGGGGCAGAAGACCAAGACUUUUCUUACACAACUCUUCAUGGCUGUUGUCAAUAACCCAACGGUCAAUUCCAAAUACGAUAUGAUCACAGAGGCUCAACCCCCGAUCGAUACGGUCAUGGGACUGUUCGCUGGCGACUGGGAUCAGUUGAAUGGAUACAACGUCUUUGGACAUAUCAAUACAGUUGGAAACCCCUACCUUGAUGACCAUUUUCUUGAGCAAUACUACGCCCCGAGCGGUAUCUGA